AUGGCGGCCGCGACGGAGCCGCAACAGCUUAGCAAUGCCGUCCUAUCGUUUGCCUUGGAAGGGAGCUUUCCUGAUGACGUUUCCGCACUGCCUUCGGUCUCAGAAACUGAUCUAGACCCUACAAUCGUAGCUCUGGGCAAGGCCAAGGUGGAUAUCGAGGCCGAAAUUCACACCAUAAACGAAGUGACGAAGGAUGACAUCAGCUCGUGGGUGCAAAACUCAAAGGUUCUGCAGGAGGAUAUUAUCCGAUCAAAGACCAUUGCCAAUGACAUCAUCCGUCAAUCCGAGGCCCCUGAUGUGACUGGCGAAGCCAUCCAAGAUGCGGAGGAAAAAGCCGACUUCCUCAAUCGAGAGGUUCAAUACAGCCAGCAGAUGCACAAUGUCCUAAGGCGGAUCCAGCAUGUCAACCAGCUCCUCAUCGAAGUCGAGCAGGCAAGCAGAGAAAGGCGUGUUCUUGACUCACUACGGCUGCUUGAGAAAUCAUGGGCGGCCCUCGACGAGGUGGGCGUCAGCAAGACUACUCGAGUAAUGAAGCUCUUGGACCUUCGGGCGUUUGAGCUAAAGUCCGAUAUACACCAAGUGUUCGACCACGUCUGGAAAACUCUGGUACAAGUCGAUACAGACUUGGGAAAGGUUGCAAUCUACAAUACACGUCAAGAUGAGAAAAUGGUCCUGGACGAUGCUGUUGUUGGUUUGAAGGCCUAUAAAGAGGUUGACGAGAGGAUGGAGCAGCUGUGGCAUAACUUGGAUGCCGCAGUAGUAUCACCACGCAUGGAUGCUACAAGAUCAAACAUCCCAGGCAUCAAAGUAGAAGGAGACGUGCUAGAGCUUGCAGGGUCUGCUGACAACUCCGCGGAAGCCCUAUUAUCAGAUCUCGAACAAAUUCUGACAUUUAUCGCUCACAAAUUACCAGCCGAUCUACUUCAACCGCUAGCUGGUGUCAUGAUGGGCGACAUUAUAUCCAAACUUACUAGGGAGUGGCUCAACCCUGCUGUUCCCUCAGGACUCAAGGACCUGGAUGAAUUUCAGGCUCUAGUUUCAAAAAUGAAAUCAUUUUGUGAAACUCUUCAACACAGUGGAUUCACCGGCCUUGAGCAAAUACAAGACUGGGCUGGUAAGGCGCCCACAAUAUGGCUCGAAAAAAGCAGGGAGACGGCGCUCAAUAGCGUCCGAGUCAAUCUCGCGAGCGGGAUUGGGCAAUCAAAACGAGUGGAAAAGAUUGAGAGGCAAAUGGUUUCCAUCGCGGAGGGUAAAGAGCUCUCUAGAACCGGUGCUGGAGCCGUUGCAGACACAAACGACUGGGGUGAGGACUGGGGAGAGGCAUGGGAUGACGAAAAGGCAGGAGAUGGGAAUGAGCAGGCGCCCCAGACUCAUGAACAAAUGGAAAUCGACACUACUAACGAGGAUGACGGUGCUGAUGCUUGGGGUUGGGGGGAUAACGACGAUGCGAAUCAGGCAGCAGAAGCAAAAGACGCCGCUGAAGCACAAGAUGAGGAUGAUGGCGCUGAUGCAUGGGGUUGGGGCGAUGAUGGAGACGCUCCUGAACCAGAGGGCCAUGUCGUCCCUGCUCCCGCUGUAGCCCCUGCGCCAGUAGCUCCCAAGACAAAGCCGAACAAAGCUAAAGAAGAGACAAGAGAGUUGGUCUUUAAAGAGACAUACAGCAUCUCAUCAAUGCCUGAGCCUGUUCUCGAACUAAUAUUCUCCAUUCUGGAAGACGGAGCAGCGUUGACGAGGGAAGGAGAUGAAUAUAAUCUGCUAACAGCAACGGCACCCGGCCUCUUCAGCUUGCCUACAUUCAUCCUGGCACUGUUUCGAGCAAUUUCGCCUCAAUAUUACUCGUCUGACGCUGGAGGCAACAUGUUUCUAUAUAACGACGCCAUGUAUCUGUCAGAGAAGCUAUCUGACUUUUCUUUGGCCUGGAAACAACGCGAGGAUCUGACACCUCGAGCACGAAGCAUGCUCCGUAUCGACAAUGAUGUUAGGACACUCAAAAGCUUUGCUAACCGCAGUUAUUCUAACGAAAUGAGUCUUCAAAAGACAAUACUGCAAGACCUUAUUGGGGGUUCACAGAGCUUGGCACAACAAGACGAUAGAGAGGCGUCUAUCGAGGCCGGAACAACGCGCAUUCGAAGUGUGGCCGCAACGUGGGACCCUAUCUUGAGGAGAUCCGUCUGGUCUCAGGCUGUCGGGUCUCUUGCAGACGCACUUUCUUCACGGAUAAUAUCAGAUGUGUUGGAAAUGUCGUCCAUUGGCCAGGAUGAGGCCUAUAGCAUCGCCCAGCUCAUAGCUUUGGCAACAGAACUUGACGAUCUAUUCAUGCCCAGCAAAUUAGCCGGUACAGCACCGGUGCCAGAUGAAAUGCCCACGACGGCUCAGUAUGCGCCCAGCUGGCUGCGCCUCAAGUAUCUAGGCGAGGUCCUGCAGAGCAACCUCAACGAAGUCAAGUUCCUGUGGUGUGAUAGCGAGCUGAGCUUGUACUUUACGGUGGACGAGGUGAUUGAUCUGAUACACGCCAGCUUUGAGGACAAUGCAAGGACAAGAGACACGAUUAGGGAGAUUAAAGCCAAGGAACCGCUGGCCAGGUGA